GACUGACUGAAGAUGGUACGGAGGGGAAGGGAUGGUGCCCAACCACUUGCACAACUGUUGUUCAAACGUCGACCUACCAGAAGCGGGUCUAUCGUUAUACCGACCAGUCCAAGAUCUUGGGUUAUUAGAGGUGAGAUGGUGGUUGUGGGCAGGCGUGGUGGGCGUGGCAGCUGGCGUGGUGGGCGUGGCAGCUGGCGUGUUCCAGACAGAGAUGGACCGGUGCCGCACCAACUGCUCAGCAGUGCCAGAGGACUUGUGGCCCUACUGCUGUGAGACACACCACACCUGUUGCCAGGAAUUUGCAGAGUCUUGCAUUCAUGACUGCCUGCCCAGAGUCCACACUGGAGAUGUAAGCGCAGUGGAAGAGCGGCCGGGACUCUGUUGUGCCCUCUACAACCUCUGCUGCUUCAGGGAAACCUUCAGGAUCGCCAACAGGAACCAGAAGAUCGAGCCAGCGAGACUGCCCAUCAUCCAUCGUUUUCACGUGACACCUUCUCCUGCAUCUCGACCCCAGUCUGAAGCACUCGGCAGAACUAAUCCCUUCCAGUCCACUCAGGCACUGCAAACUACUGAAGGUGACUACACUGACGAGCCUCCACAGGAGAAGACCAGAGCAAAUAGGUUUCCACUUCAACGGCCACAGCUGUCAAAGAAACCGACAAGUAGGCCACGCCUCCCAGAGCGGCCCGCAUUUCUCAAGAAACCCUUUGGUGGUUCAGACGAGAGUGAGCACCCAUUGGAACAGAAAAACCAACUAUCAGACCAAAAUGUCCAUCAAGACAAGCCAGAAAAUGAAACAGACAAGGAUGGAAGUCUCCAAGACAAGAAAAAGAUCCCUGAAGAAGAUAGAAGAAAAAGCCUCCUGGAGACUAAAAGACCCAAGAGUGGACCAAGACUGUCUGGUUUACUCGGGAGAAGAAAAGAAGCGGAAGAGCCAAGGCCAAUUGAUGACAUUCAGGUUGUGCAAAAUAAAGAGGCUCCUAAGGAGACGCAGAGGACACCCAGUGGCUUUCCUGAGAGAGGCCUCCUCGAGACAAGAAAGAGCUCAGUUGGUGAAUCAGAAUCUACACACACUGACCAACAAGGGGGUGUUAGAAGGAAUCUCAGUGGCUCACGCCAAAGAGUGACACGAAAGAGGGUCAGAGUGCCUGGUGCACCUAAUGGAGAGGAGUCGGAGAGAGAGAGAACAGAUCAUGUUGAGACAGAACAACCGAUUAGUCGACUACAGGGAACUGAAGAGAUCUUGGCUCGACCUCUUGUGAAUGAAGGCAUAGCAUUUGGUCGACAACCAGUGCAACAAGAAAGAGGAGGAAGUCGAACUCGUGUCACUGAAGAGAGUGUGAUUCAUCAACCACAAGUAACUGAUGGAAGAGUGUUGGUUCUUCCCUCAUUAGUGGCAAGGGCACCACUGGAUGAAGUAACUCCACCUCAACCCCAAAAUGAAGUGAUUGGCUUUGGUUUGCCACAACUCGGUGAAGACCUGCUACUUAGUCAAGCUCAAGUGUCCAAAGAAAUGGAUGAUAGACAUGUUGGUCAACCACAGGUGGCCGAAGCAUUUUCUCCAUCCCAAAUCACUGAAGAAAAAAUAGCUGAUCGGUCUCUAAUUUCUGAAGAAAGACUUAGUAGUCUGGCCCAGUUGGACAGAGAAGUCCCAACUCUCCUCAAAUCUGCAGAGGAAAAUCUGUUUGCCUUUCCACAGCCAGUAAAAUCAUCAGAGGAGCCACUUCAAGCAGUUGCAAGGCCUACUUAUUUACCCCUAUCGGCUGGGCCUACCUAUUUACCCCUCUCGGCUGAAGAAACCCCAGUUGAUCACCCUCCGACUUAUUUACCUCUGCCAACUGAAGAAAACCAAGUUAGUCAACCGCAGAUUUCUGAAAGAACAACAGCUGGUCGAUCUCUGAUACCUAAUGACAUAUUUAUAAACCAACCCCAGGUUGCUGUGGAGAAAAAUCAACAGCCACAGACUGACAUACAAGUCGCUAUCGAAUCAGACACACCUGUAGGAAACCUCUAUGAUAAACUGCAAGUUUCUGCGACGAGUGUUAAUGACCAGAUACUAGAUGCUUUCGAGUUGCCAGAACAGUCACAGGUUUCUGUGAAAAUUGUUGAACAACCACAGGUGGGUGUGGCACUUCUGCCCAAUGAGCCACAGCUGUCAGUAGAAAGGGCAAGUGACCAACCAGAAGUAACUGUGAAGCAGAUGACUGACCAAACAGAGAUUACAAAAGAAUCGACAAUAGACAAGCCCCAAGUGGCAGUAGUACGACAUAACGUAGGUGGCCGUACCCGAACAAGAAACCAAUCACAGACAAGGGAAAGAUCAAAUUCAAGAGACCUCUCUCAAGUAACAUUGGAAAGUUCAAGAGCUCUUGACCAAUCCCAGACAGAAAGGUCAAGUUCAACAGACCUUCCCCAGGCAACACAAAGAAUAAGUUCAAGAGACCGUAAUCGACCAUCAAGGGAGAGGUCAAGCUCUACCUCCCGCACUCUGGCUACACAAGAAAGGUCAAGCACAAGUGACCAUUCUCAAGUAAUCGGAAGGUCGAAAGCAGGAGUCCCUCCCCAGACAACGCGAAGGAGGUCCUCCAGAAGACGUCCCACAAGCAACACAGCAGCCUAAGGCAGCCCCUAGACUUAAGCCCACUCAAUAUUGGGUGCCACCCCCUCCCCAACUCACCCACCCAAAGUCUCCAUCUAUCAUAUCAUCAUAGAGGGCUUGUUACUUGCAUCAGGCAUUCUAGAUUUUGCCAGCAGUGUGUUGUACUGAAUUGGACUAUUUAUUCCACAAUAACAUAGUUUUAAAAAAGAUAAAAAUAUCUUAUUAUCUUUCACUAUCUAAACUGCCUAGUUGGGCUGACACUGGAUGAAUGUAGCGCAUUAUGUACUCUCGCUGUCAACUCGUUACUUUUUAAGGUGUGUUGUACUGUUGUCAACAUAAACUGCUGGACCAUACAUUUAUUUUUUUACAAGAUUUCUGUGAAUGCUGGCAGUGACAAGGCACAGAGCUUAAUGUUCACCUACCAUACAAAUUUUGAGACGUGUGUGUAUAUUAUCUAGAUAACGUCAAAGACGUAUGUGUUUGUGUAUAUUGAUGAAGGUGGCACAAGUGUCGCAUUUCUUACAAUAAACUGUUGUACAUUUU